CCCAUAUUCAUUCACCAUUUUUUCAGUAAGAACGAAUAGAUAAAUGAUGGCGGUUGAGAACAGAAGCGCUCACAUUGAUGAGGACUCGGGUGUGACUGUAGAAGAUAACAGAAUCGAUGAUACAAAUGUUAAAAAUGAACAAGUCGACGAGUCAUCGGCUUCUAAAGGGAAGGGCAAGAUGAAGCGUUUGUUUAGCGUCAAAUCUAUAAACAAGCUGUCCUUCAAAAAUGACACACAAUCAUAUAAAGAUAUCGCAGAGGAACGCGCGGCGGAGAUACAGACUCUAGAAAGUAGGAUUGCCGAGCUAACACACGACGUACAACAAUUGACUCAGAAUGCUGAGGCAGCCCAAGAAACUGAGGCGAGUCUGAGAGCUGAAAUUUCACAGUAUGAGAUUGCAUCUGAGGCAGCGAAACAACGUGAAGCUGAGCUACUAAAACAAUCAAAGGAACACGCUGACCGACUAGAAGCAGAGGAACAAGCGAGAGAGCAAGAAAGAGAGCAAGUGAGAAAAGCGGAAGAGGCCAAAGCAGCUGUAAAGACUGCCGAUCACUUGCGUGAUGUGGCAUCGGAGAGGUCGCUGAAAGAAAAGGUGUUAUUCUUUCUUAAAGAGAUGCCUAUUGCUGGAGGAUACGCCGCAUGAACAUUGAAAAGCUACUGUUACAGAUAUGUUGUAAAUAUUAGUCAAAAAGAUAUAUAUUUGUGCAAAGUCUUCUUGGCUCAAUAUUAGUAGGCUGUGGUUUGUGGAUGAAUAUAAACUUAGUUAUUUUUAUGAGUGCAUAAACCUGGUUGUCGACCAGGUUUUGUCUUCUUUUUUUUAAAUGAAUGGAGCCAUUUUGGUUCCGCAAUUACUAUUUUAAAAACUGGAUGUCAUGCCUUAAUUUGGGCGGGCUCUGUUUUUUAUAAUUAUAAAUGUUUACUGUAAAUGAGUAAUCGAGAUUCGGGGUUAUUUCACAGCUGUAUGAUUUGUGGUUUUUUUUUUAGAACAGAUUUUUUAUUUGUUUGAAGAAUAGUUGUAGAGAGUCAAUUAACUCAGUACACAACACCGUAGCUGCCGAGCACGUGCUAAAACAUAUCCUAUUGGUUUACAGCCCCUCUUUCGUUUGAAGGUUCUUGUCUUAUAUUGGUGUGCCUGAGGGAAAAAGCUGGCCCUGUCUCGUUUCAUGCUUUGAUUGGCGAAACGAUGUUAUUUGAGAAUAGAGUCUAUCUUUUUGAAAAUAAUUGUCAUAGAAUGUUGGCAUUUUUAUAAUUGGUUUAGAGUGGCCGGUGGUGGCGACUGCUCUCCGCUGGCGACUGCUAUGUGCGAUGCCUAUAGUCCCAGUCGGGGCCCAGUGCCCUACUCAUACGACUGCGAUGGCUCUGUU